UCCCAUAUACAUCUGUUAUAUCCUCUCUCAGUUGUUUAUUUUCCACCCUUCGUUUCUCAGCAUAUUCCUACUCUCUUUCUUUUUUUUUUCUUUUAAUUUUCUUUUCUUUUACCACCGUUGUUUGUUUUCGUUUUACUCAUCUUCAGACAUCAAUUAACUCCCCUUGGGCUCCAUUUCUUGCUGGUUAUUCCCUCUCUCUCUCUCUCUUCUGCUGUGUGGCGUUCUUGAAAGCAUUUAAUAUUAUUCUAUUUAAGAGUAUCACCAGCAUCAGAAAAGAAAGGAAUAUAUUUGUGCUUGUAUAUGGGGUCUUUCGUUCUGCUUCAUUCGGUGUUACAUUUAUUACUAUUUUUCUGUUAGCAUCACAAUGGAAUGUUGGUAAGCGAGUGUGAGAGAAUUUAAGGCCUACUUGCAAGUUCUGCUCAGCUGUAAUGGAGAAGCUUCAAGGCCCUUUUGAUCCUUGUUUCUUAGGUGAACAUCUGGAUGUAGAGGGCUUAGAACAAUGUUUUGUAAACACAGAAAGUUUGAGAUUUGAGGAAGAAGAAACACAAUUCUCAAUGCCAAGUUUGGAAGACAAAAUGCCUUUUCUUCAAAUGCUACAAGAGGUAGAAUACCCACCUUUUUUACCCCUCAAAGAACCUAACUUUCAGACAUUACUAAAACUCCAACACCUCAAAAGGCCAUGGGAUGUGAACACCUACACCACUGAAACGGACACCCAAAUUCAAGCGCUGGAGCUUGAAAGUUGUGUCACUCAUGACAUGGCUGAUUUGCACUCACCAGUCAAAUCAGAAGCGAAAGAUCUUCAGAACCCUCGUUCAAAUUUCUGUCUUGAAGAUGUAAGCCCCGAGCCUAACCAAAGACAAACCAACUCAAUAGGACACUUUUGCAAAGAACGUAACUCAGUCUCGUCAUUUCCAUGGACUCACCCACAAACCGUGCUCAACGAGACCCACUUUUCCAAUACUUCUCCAGUAGUCCCCAAGGAACGAAGAAAGCGAAAGCGAACAAGGCCAACGAAGAACAAAGAAGAAGUGGAGAGUCAGCGCAUGACCCACAUUGCUGUGGAACGCAACCGCCGUCGCCAAAUGAACGACCACCUCAACUCUCUCCGCUCUCUCAUGCCCCCCUCCUACGUACAAAGGGGUGACCAAGCGUCGAUUAUAGGAGGUGCAAUAGACUUCGUGAAGGAACUAGAGCAGCUUCUACAGUCUCUGGAAGCACAAAAGAGAAUGAGAAAAACAGAAGAAGCUGUAGCUGCCAUGGACAUUUCAUCUAACUGGUUGUUUACUUCGCAGGCAGAGUGUAAUAUCCAGAGGGAGAACGGAGAUUGUGAAGAGGAAGCCAAGGUGAAGAGAAAAUCGGAGGCGGCGGAGAUAGAGGUGACAGUCAUAAAAAAUCAUGUAAAUUUGAAAAUUCAGAGUGAAAGGAAGACAGGCCAGUUGUUGAGAGCCAUUGUUGCAUUGGAUGAUCUUAGGCUUACAGUUUUGCACCUUAACAUCACGACUUCUUCUGAAACUACAGUUCUUUAUUCAUUCAACCUUAAGAUAGAGGAUGACUGUAAGCUGGAAGCAGCGGACGAAAUAGCAGCAACAGUUGAUGACAUAUUCAGCAUUAUCAACGGCAGCUGAUUGGUCAAUGAUACUCAUAGGCAAGAGAAAUCGGAGCUGACUCUACAAUGCUGAGUGCUGUAGGGAUUAGAGAAACAAAGAAGGAAAGCUGUAACUGGGUUCAGGGAUGAUAAAUAGAAAACUGAAACAGAGGGUUGCUCCCAUCAAUCUUCGCCAGAGGCACAAAGAGAUGAUGCUUACUGCUCAACUUUUUUUUUUUUUGGAAAAAAAAGCUUAUUUAUCUCUUGCUAGAGCUAGCUGGUAGAUAUGGGUGCAUGUGAAUUGGGAUGCUGGCUGGGGCUUCAUUGCCUGGUCAAAGUGAGUGGGGCUAUAAUGCUAUAUAAUAUAUAUUUAUAAGGUAUGAAUUUGUUCUAUAUUGUUGCAAAUGUGAUGUUGACAAAAUGCAAUGAUGCUUCUCUUUUUCAA